UCAGAGUCCGAGAGGGCGGGUGAGAGGUGCCGCGGGCGCGCAUGCGCGUUGCCCUGCUCGUGCGUCAGCCGGCGUGAGCGACAUGUCUCUCGCGGAAAAUCAGGGCGGCCGCCGGGCGAGGGCCGGGAUUAAUGUGGCGGCACUCGCCGGCAGGGACACGACAGGCUGAAAAACCCCGGCCACUCCGUACUCAGCGCGCCGUAUUACUCUCCUUCCUCGGUGAAGAAAUGGCAGCACAAAAGCGAAAAGCGGCCUCCAGCCCGGCGAAGGCGAAGCGAGGGUUGAUCUGGACAAAGAAUGGCUCAACAAGAGGCGAACCUUCAGCCAAAAAGAAACGUUUGGAAGAAAAGGUGACAUCACCUCAACUUAGGUUUACAAAGCAGUCAGCUGCUCCACUAUGCAAGGCAGCCAAUAAUAAAGGAGCUUCAAAAUCACUAAGAACAGCUGUUACAAUGAACAGAUUGUCAUCAAAAACAACAACAAAGCUAAAGGGUAAAGAAACAAAGGUCAUUAAGAAAAAUAAUAGAAUGGUUCCUUUGAAGAAAUCUACUAAAUCUUUAUUGAAAAAUAAUGUAUCAUUGAAAUCUUCCCAACAGAAGAAGUCUGCUGUCUCUCCAAUGUCCAAUAAUAAAUCUGACAAAGUAUUAGCUGGAAGAAAAGCCACACGGAAACUGAAUAAUGCAAAAAUUGUGUGUAGAAAAAUCCCAGUGAAAAUAUCACAGAAGUUUCCUCAGAGGAACAGAACUUCUCAGGUACGACUUGCAAACAAAGGCCUACUUAUUUCCAAAAAGACUUGUUCUAAAAAGCUUUUAAAAAUGUCACAACAGAAUUCUCGGAGAAAAGCUGCACAAAAGAGAAGUAAAUCAUUAUCAAAACAAAAAGAGACUAAUUCUUUAAGAGCUACCACCAAGGGAUCACAUCAGAGCAUGAAAAAUGUUAAAGUUCAAUCUAAGUUUGCUGUGAAUGUACCCAGGAAGAAACCUGCAAAGAAAGAUACAAAGUCUUUGAAAGUAACUGUGAGGAUUUCCAAGAAGCAACCUGUCAAAAAAACGGCAAACAUUGUGACACGCAAGAGUAAUCGUUCUAAACAAAUAACCUCUCAUAAAGAAAAUAGAACUGUAGCAACAAAGGUUUCUUCAAAGAAAAUUUCUGAGAAAAUACAAACAAGAGCAAAAUCUGUGAAGAAGUUACAACUGAAAAAGACCAUGAGAUCAGAGAGAUUACGAUGUUGCCUUGCAAUUAAGGAUAAGCUUGAAGCUGAUACUGCAAGAGCUCAAACCAAGUCUAUUCAAAUUAUUUCAAAAGAGAAUAUUGAACAGGUAGUUAAUUCCAAGUCGAGGUCUGGGACUCAACAAACGUUGAAUGAAAGACAGACCAGGUUUUCUCAGAGACUGAAUCUGAACCCACAUUUAACAACACAAUCCCUCCUUUCCAUUGACAGUGCAUCGAGUAUAGCUCCCAUUCAAAAGAAACGGAGAAAAAGGGCAUUUAGUGACUUGUAUCCUAAAAGUCCAGAGAAUAAAGGUCCUGUGAAAAAAAAAGCGAAAGUUACAAGAACUAAGUCAGAGAAUAUAAAAUCUCCAAAGAAGAAAGCUUCAGAAAUUACAGAAAAAAGACAUGGAAAAGGUGGGAGAAAAACACCAGUAGUAGAAGUUAUGAAAGCUGCCAAAAAAAAGAACUCCAAAGACGUGGAACCACAGGUACACAAAGGGAAAUGUGAAUUGGGGAAACCAAAAAAUAAUCCUGAUGGUGAUAUUUUGACGGCUUCAAAAACUUCGCAAGAGCAGACCAGUAAGCCUGUUUCGCAAAAUCAUUCCAAAGCAAAAGUUACAAGAGCAGCUUCAUGUGCAACAUUGGAAAGUGAUGCAAAACUGAAAGGUGUGGUUCAGAAACUGGCAAAGGCAACAAAUUGCAGUAUUAAAGCGAUUAAAGAAAAAGCUGGAUCAGAAACAUCAAAUGAAAAGAAACAAAACAAGAUUUUGAAUAAUGGUAGAGGAAAUAAUAAAAAGAUAAAUGUGAACAAAGAUGAACAAGGUUCAAAGCAGCCUUCAACUAUUCAUAAAUCAAAUAAAAAUACAGUCUCUAGUCCUAAAACAGCAGUGAAAAUCCCAUGUCAAGAAGCUAAUGAUAAUGCUAAGUGUAAACGACAAAGUAUUCUUGAAUUGUGUGAAGAAAUUGCAGAAGAGAUAGCUUCUGAUACUCUAGAUCUUUCAGUGAAAGAGGAGUCUACAAAGAUGGAAAAUAAAAAUAUCCAAAAAGAACCAGAAAUCAUACAGCCUACAAGUACUGAGAAAAUGCAAAAGACAAAAUCAAUUUAUUCCAGCCUCAACAGAUUCCAAUUUUCAGGCCAAAAAUGUGUAAAACGUAAAUCAAUUGAGCAUCAUAGAUUUGUAACUACAAGGAACACUUCACAGAAAGGAUGGAACAGUUGGACUAAAAUUAAACAAAUUAAAACUGAUCAAAAAAAAUUAGCUACCAUCAAUUCUACGCACAACAAAGUAAGAAAUGUGCAGAUUAGGCAAGCUGUUUCAGAAGUAGUAGUCCAGACAAUUAAGGUAAAGAAAGAGAAACUGGCAAAUGGGGUACCUAUGCAGAACAAAGAAGAAAAUGACACCACAUAUAACCAGCAUAAAUCAAAAACUGUUGUUUCCCAGUUGGAAGUUGCAAGAGACAUCAAUAAUGAUCAAAGGACUACAAAAGACAGUAUUCCAGAAAAAAUUAAAUUAGUGAAAUUGUGUGACGUGGAGGAGGAUGAGGCAGAGGUGGCAAAACUGGAAACAGAAUCUGAAGCAGAUGAGAAUUUUAGAUUACACUUGGAAUCAAGUCCUGAAUGUAGUCCAGAAAAAAACUGUGUUACAACAUUACUGCUGAAACCUGUCAAGGAGCAAGUGGAAAGUGAGUCAGGGUCAUUGCUGAAGGAAACUGUACGGAUUCUCUUCAGUAAUCCAGAUUCAACAGAAGUAAAAAAUGAAAGUGUAUCUUUGUCUAAUCAGCUAACCAUAGCGAAGAACACUGCAAUCCCCCUUGAGUUUUCGGUACAAAAAGAAGCCAAGCCAUCGGACAAUACAGAUGGAGGUGGGCUUCAACAAAUAAACCUUGAUUCUGGGCAAAAAAGGAUUGGAGCAAUUUCUUGUACUACAUGUGGAAUGUUUUAUGCGGCUUCUAUCCCAGAAGAUGAAGCUCAGCACUUUAAAUUUCACAAGCAUUUUAUCAGUGCUGUGAAAUAUGUGGGUUGGAAGAAGGAGAGAAUUUUGGGAGAAUAUCCUGAUGGUAAAAUAAUAAUGGUACUUCCUGAUGAUCCAAAAUAUGCCUUGAAAAAGGUUGAAGAAAUCCGAGAGAUGGUUGAUAAUGACCUUGGAUUUCAGCAAGCAGAACUUAAGUGUCCAUCCAGAACAAAAACUCUUCUCUUCAUUUCCAAUGAUCGUAAAAUAGUUGGCUGUUUGAUUGCAGAACACAUACAGCAGGGCUUCAGGGUUAUAGAAGAUAAAGCUAUUCAACAAUCAUCAAAUGAUGCAAUAAUGCAUGAACGCCAGCGCGCAUGGUGUUGUUCAAAGAAUCCAGAGCCUGCAAUCUGUGGAAUAAGUAGGGUUUGGGUCUUCAGUAUGAUGCGACGAAAGGCUAUUGCUACAAGAAUGUCUGACUGCCUCAGGAGUAAUUUUGUAUAUGGUGCAUAUUUGAGUAAGGACGAGGUUGCAUUCUCAGACCCUACUCCUGAUGGUAAACUCUUUGCAACCCGAUACUGUGGAACACCCAGGUUCCUGGUGUACAACUUUGUCAGCUAACCUCACAAGAAACUUCUCGACUUCUCGAAGUUUUUCUUUUCAUAUAGCCUUAGACAAUAGCUGUAAUUGUACAUGAAGCUUCAUAAAAAGUCUCAACAGUUUCAGGAGCUGGAUUGUAGGAACUGUACUGCUUUUAUAUUACUGUGAACUCAGGACUGAUGACAACCAAUGGUUGUUUAUAUCAUAGAAAACUGGAAAUAAUGCAGUAAACUUUCAUCUUGAUUUGUAUUUGAAAUUAAAGUUGGAAAAGUUUUAUCUUUUGUCAGAAAAGCAUGCCUUUAUUUAGUUCAGUCGUGCUUACAGAUGUUUGGAUGUUUUGGUAAGCAGAGAGUUGUAAAAACCUAUCGAAUGUACAUGAUUAAAAACAGACAUUUCAUUUUCUAAAUCUGCUCUGUGGCCUUUUUGGUCUGUAUAGAGAGAAGAGAAGCAGCUUGGUCUGUGUAUAUACUGUACAGUGAGCAAGCCGUUUGAAUGUGUUUUUGGAGAGUUGAGUAAGUAGUCUGAUAACUAAAUUAUUAUUGUGAAAGGUGCCUGUAACUUUCCUAGUUGUUGUUUCAGGGCUAUCAGGCUGCUGCACUAAAGGCUAAACUGUUUUUUGAGGUUCUUAUCAGUUGCAUAUUUUACUAAACUGUUAAAAAUAUUGCCAUUGUUUCUAUUUUGCUCUGAGAAUAAGCAGUUGUCAGUGCAAAAUUUAAUACCUCAUUUAAUAUUGAUGUUGAACCACUGCAAUAUUUGGUGUCCAAGAUCACAGUUGAUACUUUGUAUUAAUGGCGCCUCUUGCUUUUGGAAAGGUUUGAUAACUUAAGAGCAGCUUAAAUAAAUCUAAUAACUGUGCCUUCUUCACUAUCGGUCACAAUUAGAGUUUGAAUUUGAUGGUUUUAACCCGUUUAAAUAUAGAAUAGAUUUCAAAGCUUUAGAGAAGAUCAGUACUUUACAGGGAUAAGUAGGCAAACUAUUCCUGUAGGACAUUCAAUUUAAGAUUUUCACACUACUUGUCAUUGCUUUUAAAGUUCCGACCAGUUUCCUAGUGAUUUUUCUGAAUUUCAAUAAUGCUGAAUAGUUUCCCAGAACGAGAUAGCCCUAAUCAAAAGCAUUUGAAGUGAAUUUAUGCUUUUAAAAAGUAAAAAAAUCUUGCAUGUCAACAAAUUGAGUCUUGUUAAUCUUUCUUCGUAUACGCGUUGAGAUCACUUGAUAGUUUAAAAAAAUCUAAAAUUUUAUGCCGCCCUUAAGGAGUAAAAUUGAAACGCUCAAGUAAUGAAAAUGUUGUUAUAAUUUUAAUUUUUUGAAUGUACCUGGACCUGUGAAAUUAUCUUUUUGAAUGCAUUUAGGAAUUUUUCUGCAAAAGAUUGAGUUGAUUGAGCUAUUGUAAUAAUACACAUUGCUUUAAUCUUCAGAAUCCCAGGAUACUGAUUUAAUAACUCCUGCACUGCUUGCAUUUGGGUACCUUUUUCAGUCUGAUUCACAAGGCAACUUGGUGAAAUGUUUUUCUGUUGCUUCAAAUUUAAUUUCUUUUUGUUACCGUUUAUGAUUAAGUAUAAUAAAUUGAGAUUGUCUUGGUGAAUAACAGGUUUUUUUCCAAUAGAAUGGUUUUUAAGUGGAAUGUGUGUAUGUAUAUAAGAACUUUGCAAGUAACAGUUCCUUGCUAAAUAUUUUUAAUAUUUGCAACUUUUUUAUUAAAAGUACUUAAAACUAUUCACAGCAUACCAAAACAUUAAAAGAUAGUGAAUUCUACUCAGCACUGCAGAAUGUGUAGAGUACAUUUUAAGCCCAGUAAUCUUCAGUCAUCAGAGUUCAGAAUAGUUAGCAUUUACCUCGUGUAAGAUAAUUAUUUGUAAAUAAGUAUAGAAUUGUCAAAUUGGGAACAAGUGGGAUAUAGGAAAAUAGUACAAUCGUCAAGAUGUAAUCAUAAACAUCUCACCAUCUCCUUGUAUAUUGUUUUCCUGUAUUUGGCUGCUCCCAAAGUGGUAAUUCUGUUUAUACCAUAAUGGUACAAUAAGAUUUUUUUAAUAUUACAUUUAAAUACAGGUAAAUGUCAUGUUGGCCUAAGGUCAAGUGCCAUUAUCAGCAUUGCUUACAGAUUAUAAAAUGGCCCUCUGCAACUCAGACAUGUGGUAUGAACCUUAUCUAUAAGUGUGCAUUUACCAGUUUUGAUUUGUUUUAAGGGGGGGGGAGACUAAAAUUGUAAAUAUGAUGCUGUUCAUCAUUUUUCUAACCUGUAUGCACUAAAUCUUAAAUAGACCAAAUGCAGCUGGUUGAAAUUAACUUGUCUAUUUUACUUUAACUGUGAAAUUAUUUUAAAAUUAUAUCAUAUGAGCGGUUUGCAUUUAAAGAUCGUUUAAUGAAUAACACGUCCUAUGAAAUGAAGAAACCAUGGACAAAGGCAGUUGUUUAGACAUUGAGUGGCACCUGACAAAGUUUGCAAAAAGGAAACCCAUCAUUUAUUUUAGUGAAUAUGUUGACUAUUAUAUCUUUUAUCCCAAUUGAUGCAGACAUUCUAAGUGUGGGAAAAUUGCAAUUCCUAUCCUGCACGUUGUACUUAAUACCAUUAUUGUGUGUAUUCAUGUUCAGUAUUAUUGUAAUUUGAUCAUAUGUCCGUUUAUUUUGCAAGUUGGAGACAUUAUGUAUUCCAUUUGGAAAAUGUAUGUAACUAGGAAAUUGCUCUGGACUAUAAAUUAUAAAUGUCUGUUGGUACAAUAAAUUUGAUGGUUGGAGGGCU